AUGACCUCCAACAUUACCACCAUCUUCACCAACUCCAACACCGCCACCACCCCCAUCUCCAUCACUACCUCCAUCACCAUUACCGCCUCCACCUUUGCAUUCGUUGCCUCUACUGCCUAUGUCACCACCAGCUCCACUACCGCCACCUCUACUACUGCCACCACAUCCAUCACCUACACCGCCAUUACCACCGCCACCUCUACCUUCUUCAUCGCCAUCAUGAUUAACAUUGGUGACAUAGGAAAAGACGAUGGUAGCGGUGGUGCGGAGGCAAUGAUAAAAGUGGUGGCGGUGGUGGUGAAAGUGGCGGUCAACAAAGAUGGAAGUGGAAAUGGUGGUUGUGGUGGUAACGGUGGCGAAGGCAGAGGUGGUGGUGGAGGUAGAUGA